AUGGUCUUCAAAUCUAAGCAACAACCUUUAGUUCCUAUCGGGGUUAUUGCCACGACAGGUGCUAUUGCUAUGGCAAUCAAGUCUGUUAGACAAAAGGAUAAGAUCAAAGCACAAAUGUGGUUCCGUAUGAGAAUUGGAUUCCAGUUGGCUACUAUUGUUGCUUUAGUCGUUGGGGGAUGGUACUACCAAACUGAAUCCUUGGAAAAGAAGAUUUCAAGAGAAGAAAAGUUGAGAGCCAAGGCUAAAUUAAGAGAAACCUUGUGGAUCGAAGAAUUGGAAAGAAGAGACGAACAGUUGAAGGAAAGACAAAGAAGAUUGGAAGAGUCCAGAAGGGAGUUGGAAGAGUUUGCUAAAGAAGGUUUUGAAAAAGAAAGAAAGCAAACCGAAGCAGCCGAAGUCCAAAAGUAA